AAACACGGCGGGCAGUAGUUCGGUGGCGAACGAAGUGGUAACAGGUGCGUCGGUCGUCGGGACUAAAAUGGGCUCCAAGCAACAGUACAUAGCGGCCAGCGUCGCCCUGGUCGUCUGCAGUUUGGCCUUUUCGCGGACGUGGUUCCAGAUAAUCGCCUUCGCCGUCUGCUGGUCGCUCAUCUACAAGCGGAAGCAGGUCGUUCGGAUAUGGAAAACGCUGCCCAGGGAUCUCAGAUUCGUCAAGGAUGCUGCACACUUCUUGGCGCUGAUGAGGUACUAUCAAUUCAAAAACUACACCAUCAUCGACUUAUUCCAUAGACAGUUGGAAAAACAACCAGAUAAAAAAAUACUGAAACACUUAGAAACAUCAUGGACGUAUCAAGAGCUGGAGGACUACAGCAAUCGCGUGGCCAACUACUUCCAGAAGCAGGGCAUCAAGCGUGGGGACACGGUCUGUCUCUUCAUGGAGGGAUGCCCGGAAUACGUCGCCAUCUGGUUAGGAUUCUGUAAACUUGGGGCUGCCACCGCCCUUAUCAACACCAACCUGCGACAAGCUACCCUUACGCACUCCAUUAACGUCGUCGCGGGAAAACACAUCAUCUACGGCGCCGAACUUACUGACGCUCUUAAAGAGAUCGCCGGUUCCGUGUCGGAUGCAAAAUACUACGGUCUCAAAGGUAAUCGGCCCGACAACCAUGGUAGAACCCUCCUCGAAGGUAGCAUCCCGUUGGACGCCAAUCUGUUGGAAGCGUCCAAGGAGCCACAACCGGCGGCAGAGUUGAAAAAGACCAAGAUCACAGACAAAUUCUUGUACAUCUACACUUCGGGUACGACAGGAAUGCCCAAAGCAGCCAUAAUGACUUACAUCAGAGCAAUGUUCAUGUUCCACGGUCCUCACAUACUGCUUCAUAUGAGUGAAGAUGAUGUUGUCUACACACCUUUGCCAUUGUAUCACACGGCUGGUGGCAUCCUUGGAAUAUGUCAAGCUCUUUGCAUGGGCUGCACAGUUGUUAUCAAGACUAAAUUUUCAGUUUCCAAUUUCUGGACGGAUUGUGCGAAAUAUAAAUGCACCGUUGCUCAAUACAUCGGUGAAAUGUGCAGAUAUCUCUUAGCUGGACCCGUCAAGCCGGAAGAAACACAACACAACGUUAGACUGAUCGUUGGCAAUGGUCUGCGAGCUCAAAUUUGGGAACAAUUCGUGAAAAGAUUCAAUAUCAAACAAGUUGGAGAAUUUUAUGGUGCUACUGAGAGCAACUGUAACAUAAUAAAUGCUGAUAAUACUGUUGGAGCUGUUGGUUUCAUUCCAUGGUUCGUGAAGCCUAUUUAUUCUGCAACUUUAAUUCGAGUUGAUCCUGAUACCAGUGAGCCCCUGAGGGAUGAGAGAGGAUUGUGUAUUCCUUGCAAAGAAGGAGAACCCGGACUUCUGAUCGGUUUGAUUAAUAAUCGUAAGGCAGAGAGUGCUUUUCAUGGAUACGCAGACAAGAAAGCCUCAGAGUCUAAAAUUUUACAGGAUGUAUUUGCGAAAGGACAAAGUGCUUUCAACUCAGGAGAUAUUUUGAUCUGUGAUGAGCUGGGAUACUUCUACUUUAAGGAUAGAACAGGAGAUACAUUCAGGUGGCGAGGUGAAAACGUCGCAACGUCCGAAGUUGAAGCUGUGAUAAGUAAUGUAAUUCAACUUAAUGAUGCAGUAGUUUAUGGUGUAGAGAUAAACAAUGUGGAGGGAAAAGCUGGGAUGGCCGCAGUGGUUGAUCCAGAGAAAAAAGUUGACUUGAAGCAACUUGCAGAGGGUAUUAAGAAGUCCCUACCUACUUAUGCGAGACCUUUGUUUUUAAGAAUAAUGGAGAACGUGAAUUUGACAGCAACUUUCAAAUUGAAGAAGACUGAACUUGUAGCUGACGGAUUCAACCCUGCAAAAAUUAGUGACCCACUUUACUUUGCUGAUUUAAAAACAGGCGAAUUUCAACCACUGACUCAACAAGUUUACGAUGAUAUCCAGAGUGGAAAAAUACGAUUGUAGUUACCGAUGGAUCUACUUAUUGAUUGAAUCGUUGCAUCUUUCUCCGUAUAAGGAAGAACUACUUACUUAGGUUUUAGAAUGAAAAAAGUUCGAAUUCUGUGCCUUUUGUAAAAUUAAAGCUUAGAAAAAAGUUGAAGUGUUUUUAUAGUCAAAUUUUUGUACAUUAAUUUUAAUACAAAAUUUUAUGUGUUACGCGAACUUCAAAGGAAAAGUAAACAUAAGAAGAUAGCAAUGCAUUAAUAAAAAUCCAGAGUUAAGACAAACAAUCCUUGUAUUUAAAAUAAUUUGGCUGCCUUUUGUCUCAGGUGAUGUUAUGUACCUAAACUAUCUAUGCCUUAGAAAUGUGGCACUCUCGGCAGGUAAUCGGAUAAAGAUUGGCUUAGUAAAAAAACUUGUGUUACUUAGUGUUUUUAAGCUGUACAUUAAUUUUAAUUUUAGGUAAGAAAUUUUUCUUUAACGAGUGCUUUGGGAGUAAAUGGGAGGUGGAGUUUCAAACAUGUAAGCGCCUUGUAUUGAGCAGCUAAUACAUCUUUCAGAUAUUGCAACUUCCUUAAAAUGGAAUAAUAUUCUGAGCAUGCUAGUGCGUACCUUAACUUCUGAAAUCAUUAAGUCCCCGUUACUAGAUUUGAUUACUGCUAAGAAAUUUCUUUAUUAUCAAUUUUAUUAAAAAUUUAUAAUGAUAAAAAAAAAUUGCAGAUAUUUUUGUAGGAGGGAAACUGGCAAAAAAAAAACCAGACAGAAUUUAAAUUGAUGCCUCCUAAUUGAGAGAAGUAAGAGUGCUAAAAUUUUCCUGUUUUGCUAUUUUUUUAUGUAAGAAUCACAUUAAAAGCUCACUGUAAAAAGAUCUCUAUGACCUGGAAUCAUUUGCUCCCAAGCACUGGACUGAGAUUACUUACCAUGGUUUCCCGUAUUGAAGUUAUGAUAAUUGGAAGGCUGAACUCUCUCAUUUUACAUUUGCCUAUUUUGAUCGAUUCAAAAUGUUCCAGUGAUCUAGGUAUUAUGUUUUUUUAGUGUUAAUUCGUAUGAUUAAUUUUAAGUGUUGAAUUUGAGUCAUUUUGCCGAUAAAAAUGAUGUUUUGAUCAAAUGAUCUGUGAAUUAUUACAAAAAUACAUUUGUUUUUAUAAUUCUUUA